AUGGUAUCCGAAGCGCCGGGUGAUGGGAAAUGGAGUGGACUGGACUGGAUAGGAACAGACAGGCACAGGCACAGGCACAAAGGCACAGGCACAGGAACGGGAAUAGGAACGGGGAUAGAUGGGAUGAAAGUUUUGGUGGAUCAACAGAUAGAUAUACCUGAGAUCUUACCUAUCUAA